CCUACGCCAAACUCAGUCCCUACCCAUUUUCAGUUCAAACUUCCCUCCACUUUCUUCUUUAUCUAUUCCGUUUCGGAAGCAAAAAAAGAAAAAAGGAAAAACAAAUUAAACCUUUUUGUGAUUGUUCAGAAUGUCAAUAAUUGAGUUAAACUUGGUGUAUUUUCAUGUUGUUUUGUUAAAGAUUUAAGGAAAAAGUUUCGGUCUCUGGAUUCAACUACGAUGCCAGAGAUUGAAGACACAGCCAGCUCCAGCACAACCGGUGAGUUGUCGGAAAUUGCAUCGGAGAUCACCCUCUUCGGAAAGUACGAGAUUGGCAAGUUGCUGGGAUGUGGGGCCUUUGCAAAAGUUUACCACGCGCGCAACGUAAGGACGGGGCAGAGCGUCGCCCUCAAAGCCGUGAGCAAACAAAAAGUACUCAAAGAAGGGUUCAUGGUGCAGGUUAAGAGAGAAAUUGCUAUCAUGCGCCGGUUGCACCACCCUAACAUCGUCAAACUUAUCGAGGUGUUGGCUACCAAAACUAAGAUUUACUUCGUCAUGGAAUUCGCCAAAGGAGGGGAGCUGUUCACGAGGAUUGCCAGGGGACGUUUCAGUGAAGAUCUCAGCCGUCGGUAUUUCCAACAGUUGAUUUCAGCCGUCGGAUUCUGUCAUUCGAGGGGCGUGUUCCACCGCGAUUUGAAACCGGAAAAUCUCCUCCUUGAUGAAAGCUGGAACUUAAAAGUAUCAGAUUUCGGACUUAGCGCGGUGGCGGAUCAGAUCCGACCCGACGGCCUUCUCCAUACUUUAUGCGGAACCCCAGCUUACGUGGCGCCUGAGAUUCUUGCGAAGAAAGGAUACGAUGGUGCCAAAGUCGAUGUGUGGUCAUGUGGCAUCGUUUUGUACGUUCUCCACGCUGGAUAUCUGCCGUUCAACGACCCCAAUCUGAUGGUUAUGUACCGUAAGAUUUAUAAAGGCGAAUUCCGUUUCCCGAAAUGGACAUCUCCUGAUCUCCGGCGAUUUUUAUGUCGGCUUCUCGAUACUAAUCCUGAAACUAGGAUCACCGUCGAUGAAAUCAUCAGUGAUCCUUGGUUCAAGAAAGGUUACAAAGAAAUCAAAUUUCGUGCCGAAGAUUUUGAAUUGAAAGAAGAAACCCAGAGCACCAAGUGCUUAAACGCCUUCCAUAUAAUCUCUUUUUCAUCCGGUUUCGACCUCUCCGGUUUGUUCAGCGAGGCGGAGUUUUCUGUCCGAAGAGAGCGGUUUAUAUCGGGGGAGAAACCGGAGAGAAUUUUAGAUAGAAUCGAGGAAGAGGUGGGAAGAAUAGAGAAUGUGAAGGUGAAAAAGAGAAAAGAGAAAGGGAUAAGGUUGGAAGGGCAGAAUAAUAAUUUUAUUCUUGCCGUAGAUAUUCAGCAGUUGACGGAAAAUCUGGUAGUGGUGGAGGUGGGGCGGUGGGAGAUUAACGUUGGGGCAAGUGGUGAAAUUUGGAAAAAUAAGUUAAGGCCAAAACUUUCCGAUUUGGUAUAUAAAACUGAAGCAGAGCAGGUUUCUGGGUAAUAAUAGAGGAUUCAUGGCAGAGCUGAGAACCGUUCGGAAAGAGUCGUGGUAUCGACUGCUGUAAAUAUAUCCAUAUUCAGCCCAAAGGAAAGAGAAAAAAGAAAAAAACUUCCGUAUGUUAGUCUCAAAUAAUGUCUUGUCUAGUUUGUUCGACAAACCGGAGCAAAGCGAAAUUCACUAACCGGGUUUCCUUCGUUUUUUUUUUUUUUUU